GCAGUGACGCUUUUUAUAGAGGAUCCGGCGGCAGAUAAAGUGACCAGGUGUCCACACACCACAUUCCAAACCCGAAAAGAAAGAGAGAAAGAAGGAAAGAAAACGCAGCCAAGACAGAGGCAAAGGCAACCCUUUUAAGUUUGGAGCGAUUAUACGGCCAAAUUUCAUGCAUGCAAUGCAACUGUAGAGGUAUAAAUAAAGUCCCCACUACUCCACUCUACCUCCUCUCCCUCUUCAAAACCUAAACUUUACUCUCAGACACCCACCCCUCUUCCCUCAACUCUCCCCAAAAAACCUGUCUUUUCUCUUCGCAUUUAGAAACAAACUCCGCCCUCUCAAAUCUCGGAGAAAAUAAUGAACUCCGAUCUCAUUCAUAGAAGCUACCAUAGCCAAAACUCUGAACGACCCAACGAUCUUCAUUCUCCGAAACCUGGAAAGCCUCUCCAGAAUCCCACGAAUACGUUCUUUCUCUACAUUCUCCGCGAGCAGCGCCUCCUGUUCGUCCUCCUCGGCAUCGCCAUUGCCACGCUUUUCUUCAGCUUCGUGCCACCGCGGGAUCAAGAUCACCGUCGAUUCCUUCUGGUCCCCGCAGACCGCCCGGUUUUCCAGUCGGAGGAGUCGACUAUCCUCCCGUCUACUGGGCGCGUGCUUUACGAGACCUACCAGCACCAUGACUACGGACUUGGGCACGUGAAUGUGGGUGGGAAACUGCCGCUGGGGCUGAAGAGGAAGACUCUGAGAGUUUUGGUGACUGGUGGGGCCGGCUUCGUGGGGAGCCACCUCGUGGACCGUAUGAUGGAACGGGGAGAUAGCGUGAUCGUGGUGGAUAAUUUCUUCACGGGGAGGAAGGACAACCUGGUGCACCAUUUCGGGAACCCCAGGUUCGAGCUGAUCCGCCAUGACGUCGUCGAGCCGAUUCUACUAGAGGUUGAUCAGAUCUACCAUCUCGCUUGCCCUGCCUCUCCGGUGCAUUACAAGUACAAUCCGGUCAAGACCAUCAAGACCAAUGUGGUGGGGACGCUGAACAUGCUAGGACUGGCAAAAAGGGUGGGUGCAAGGUUUCUGCUAACCAGCACCAGUGAGGUGUACGGUGAUCCUCUGCAGCAUCCUCAGGCCGAGACCUACUGGGGCAAUGUCAACCCCAUUGGAGUAAGGAGCUGCUAUGAUGAGGGGAAGCGCACGGCAGAGACCUUAAGCAUGGACUAUCACCGAGGCCUGGGCAUUGAGGUGAGGAUUGCUCGAAUUUUUAACACAUAUGGGCCACGUAUGUGCAUAGACGAUGGUCGUGUUGUUAGCAAUUUCGUAGCUCAGGCAUUAAGGAAGGAGCCAUUGACUGUCUACGGCGAUGGGAAGCAAACCAGGAGCUUCCAAUACGUUUCGGAUCUGGUGGAGGGUCUAAUGCGGCUGAUGGAAGGUGAUCAUGUGGGUCCUUUCAAUCUUGGGAACCCUGGUGAAUUCACCAUGCUCGAACUUGCUCAGGUGGUACAAGAGACUAUAGAUCCCAAUGCGAAGAUAGAGUUUAGGCCGAACACAGAGGAUGACCCACAUAAGAGGAAGCCAGACAUUACCAAGGCCGAAGAGCUUCUUGGAUGGCAGCCAACUGUAUCCCUUCGCAAGGGACUUCCUCUCAUGGUGGAAGACUUUCGACUGCGUAUAUUCGGUGACCUCAAAGACGGUAGUACUACUACUCAUGUUGGAAAUACAGAUACUAUUACGUCCUUGGUAUAAAAAUAUACACUUCUUGAUGGCUACGCGCAUCCAAGAAAGAGAGAGUUUACAGUGAAAAUAAAGAUCCAAUAAAAGGAAUCCUUUUGAUUAGCUAACACCUUGGCUUUCUCUCGACAACAUUGAAGAAUAAAGUUAGCAGCAUCUAAAGACAAAUCUCACUACUCCCAGGAGAAAAGAAAAGAUCGUUUAUGAGAGCGAUUGAGCGACCCUUCUCUUGUACACUAAUCCUAUUAUCUAUAUGUGCAUUUGCUUUUUUUUUUUUUUUAAAUGAAAAAUAUUGUUCUUUGUCGUAAAUUUUGUUAUCUCUAGA